UUUUCUCAAAAAUAAAAAAUAAAACCAAGAAAAACGGAAGAAAAAAAAGACAGAGAGGGCUGAGAAAUCACAAAAACAGAGAUUGUGAUUGUCAACUGUGAAGGUCGUUGUUGCUUCUUCGUCCUUCACUGAGAAGAUGAACGGCGGUCCAUCUGGUUUCCACAAUGCUCCUAUUACCAGAGCCUUCGUCGUUGCCAGCGGUCUCUUCACCGUCUUCUUUGGGAUCCAGGGCCGUUCGAGCAAGCUUGGAUUGUCUUAUCUGGACAUAUUCGGGAAGUUUCGCCUUUGGAAGUUAAUUGUGUCAGUGUUUGCCUUUUCAUCUACACCAGAACUGAUGUUUGGGCUGUAUCUGCUAUACUACUUCAGGGUCUUUGAGAGACAGAUAGGUUCCAAUAAAUACUCAGUGUUCAUAUUGUACUCUGUGACGGUAUCUUUACUAUUUGAGAUUCUUGCUCUAGCAAUCCUUAAAGAUCCAGCAGUCAACCUAUUUACUUCAGGACCUUAUGGUCUUAUAUUUGCAUCUUUUGUACCCUUUUUCUUUGAUAUUCCAGUUUCAACACGCUUUCGUGUAUUUGGUGUUCGCUUCUCAGAUAAGUCUUUCAUAUAUCUAGCCGGUCUACAGCUUCUUUUAUCAUCCUGGAAACGAUCAAUCAUACCGGGGAUAUUUGGAGUCAUUUGUGGUUCCUUAUAUCAUCUAAAUGUCUUCUCUAUCCGCAAAGCAAAGUUCCCAGAAGUCAUUGCCUCUUUCUUUUCAAGGAUUUCUUGGCCAUCAAUGAGGACUCCACCAGCAGCACCAUCUAGAAAUGUUGUGGGAAAUGCACCACCAUUCACAGCUCGGCAAGUAGAGAGAAAUUAUCCCUCUUCCAUGCUGUCUGCAACAGAGCCAACAGAGGACUCCAUUGGUACUCUGGUUUCUAUGGGCUUUGAUAGGAACUCUGCCAGACAGGCACUAGUGCAGGCUAGAAAUGACGUCAAUGUAGCAACAAACAUCCUUCUAGAAGCACAGGCCCGGUAAUUCCCUAAUUAUUGUUCUGUGAAGACGGAUCCAAAUUUUUCACUCUUGAGGUUGGAAAUUUCAUCCAUAUCUCAGGGUGGCAAACAAAUUUACCGAGGACCGGAAAUAAUACGCUGUCAGAAGGAUGUCUGUUUUGUUUAUUUUCUUUUUUAUUUUAUAUUGUAGCUAUUGCGCGCGGAGUAUGUAUUAUUAUGCCGUUUACGCAAGAGUAGGACAUAGAAUUGUCUGCAUCAUAUUGGAAGGGUGCAUAUGUCUUAAAAAGGAAACCAGACAUGUACAGUUGCAGUAUAUUGCGUUCGGACUGUUUUAACCACA